AUAGUGAAGCUCUCCCUGUGUUCGAGAUGCAAAAGGCUCUACUAUUGGCAGCUGAACAAUUGCCAGUUCUCGGGGUGCCAGAAGUCAGACUGGCAAUCGCACAAAACGAUGGCGGCGAGGAAUGAGAAGAUCGAGCACCUAGCCCUGACGGAUCCAGCUGCUGCACAAAGGAGAAAGACUGGGACGCAUGGCGAGAAGUGGUGGACAAGCUGCCCUACGCCAGCGCGUUGCGUUUGUAUGAAGACCGCAGCCGUGCGCUCACGCACCUCAUAAUAGAGGAGGCGAUGUACACUCCGCAAGCAGGGACACGUGCGAAGGAUAAAUUCAAGAUCAUCAGAUGUUCGGUCAUUCGCAUGUCCGACUUUCUGAAGGGGUUGGCGAGCAUUUUAGGUGUCAGCCCCGACGAGACGGAUAGAUAUCGGCCACAGCAACCUUCGUGGGGCGUCAAAUUCUUCGUGUUCAGGUCUGGGGGCGUAGAUAUGAAAUCCGUCGACGAAGGCUUCCUACCGCACACCAUAAUCGAACAGUCGUCAUACAAUCGGAGCUGGCGCCGGUACAUCAGUCAGAGCUGUCCCCCGCACCGUCAUUGCUGGUUCGUGGCCUCGAGGAUGCCGAAUUCGACUAGAGUGCUGGAGGACGGCAUUAGAGGACAGUGCUGGCAGCCUGAGGACAUUCAUGGAGCAUAGCCGCAUCUGUAUUGGGAUAAGCGGCACGCGCGGACGGGAAUCGGUCUAUUGUAGAGAUAGCUGACGUCGACGUCUUGGGACGCUUGUAAGUCCUAGGUGCAAUGACAUGUA